AUGCCAGUGGUGUCCGGCAGCCCGUCGCUCGGCCACCCGCCGGCCGACGGCCACGCGCAGGGCCAGCCCCCGCGCGGCUGGGACCAGAGGCCGCGGGUUUGCAUCCUGGGGCGCGAUCGGAGGCUGGUGGUGGCGCGCGGCACGGCGGCGCUGGCCGCGCGGGAGACGUUCCAAGGCGUCCGCGUUGGGUUCCAGGGCAAGCCCGGCGCGUACUCCGAGAUCGCCUGCGAAAAGGCGUUCCCGGGGUGCGUGCCCGCCCCGUACAGGGUCUUCUCCGACGUCUUCAAGGCCCUUUCCGAGGGAGAGGUAGACCAGGCGCUGCUGCCGAUGGAAAAUUCUACUGGGGGUUCAGUGCAUGAUGUGUACCUGCUGCUGCCAAAGUAUGGUCUGCAUGUAGUUGGGGAGUACUCUCUGGGCGUGGAGCACUGCCUUCUGACUCAUCCCAGUACCGACGUCAGCAGCAUCAAGAGAGUCUUCAGCCAUUGGCAGGCACUGGCACAAUGUGCCCAAUAUUGUGAAAGAAUGGGUUAUCAGAUGGUGGAACAUGAUGACACUGCUGGAGCGGCGGCCAUGAUAUCUGCAAAUCAGCACAAUGACGCAGCUGCGAUUGCGAGUUCCAGGGCAGCUGAGAUAUACGAACUUGAUGUCAAGGCAAAGGGAAUUCAGGACAAGGAAGAUAACUACACCCGCUUUGUGGGCCUGUCUAAUGCGCCCUCAGCCCCUCCAUGCCAAGAUCCAAGCGAGUGCAAAACGACAAUCGCUUUUGCAUGCCGAGAUGGCGCCGGUGGCCUGCAGGAGCUCCUGUCUCGCCUCCUGGCGUUGGGCAUAAACUUGGAGAAGAUUGAGCCCCAGGCGAUGUUGAACGAGCCCCUGAUCGACGCAGCUUCUGGUCGAAAAUUCAACUAUCUAUUCGUUGCUGACUUCAAGGGAAGCAUCGCGGAGCCCAAGUUUGAUCAAGCAUUCGAGCUGUUCGAAGAGUACACAGGAUACUACAGAGUCUUCGGCAGCUACAGGAGACAUGCUUUCUGA